AUGUACACUCGGCUGGCAGGAUGGUUCAUCGGAAACGUCUUGCUGUUGGCCAAUUUCGAGGAACGGACGAUCCACCUGUUUCAACCCAAGGAGGGAGAACAGCUCUCCCGGCCAUAUUUUUCUCAACAGAUGGAGAGAUUCUUCGAGGCUCAACUUCAUUCGGUCGAAGAACGACAAGUGCUUGCUCUGCGCUACAAUGACCGUAUCGUCCUUCAUCACAUCGUUGUUCUGCCAGAUUCUGUGGGUAUUCACCCGUAUUGGUCUCACCAGUAUUUGGAGAAUGAAGAGGACACAUCCACUUACGUAUCAGCUAUUGGCGUUAGUCCCAGUGGCAGCCUGGUUUAUGUGGAGCAUCACUUCCGCUCAACCCAGAAUUCUCAGCUCAAGAUGGUGACUACAUCCGACCCAUCGUCAAUCAAGACAAGCGUCACAGUGAUCGAACAGUGCGACAAGUUGGACAUACUCCGGCAUGUGGAUUCGAUCCAUUUCACCUCGGAAGGUCAUGCUCUGAUUGGGAGGAGCGAGUCUCUUCUCUGGUUCGAGGUGUCGCUGUUUGGCGAAUUCGAUCCGAAGAUGACUGUUGACCCCUUGAGACCUAUCGUCCAAUCUGAAUGUUGGAAAUACUGGCGACGGGAAUGGGAUACGAAGCAUGAUCCAAAUUUCGAAAAAGAUGCGAUAUCCGAUAUUGACAUGAGCGAAAUGGCAAUCCCCGAUGAGUGGUUCGUCGAGGAGGACCUUAACGCUUUUAUCUCCGAUUUCUUGGCCGUACCAGACGGACAUCGAUGGUGGCUCAGGUAUGGUUGGGGCGUGGUCGCCCCGACCAAACUGGUUGCCGUGGACGACAAUGACCCGUUCUGUUUCGAAGCGAUUAUCUCGGUCGAGACUUCGAAAGGAAUCCGCUAUAUCGUCAUGGACCGUGGUUCUGAUGAGAAUGACUGGCCUUUGGUGCCCAGCCUGCAGGCCACUGACCAGCUGAGCGUCGAAUCCUGCUUCCAACUACCCCUUUCCAUUCCUCGGAUGGAUGCACAGAAGUGGGCCCUCGACCUGAAUGCCGCAAGAAGGGAACUCGUAGCGGGAUGGGAUCGUGAAACCCUGUAUCAGCGUGCCAAGAGAGAUGAAUGGGGCGAUGACGUAGGGUUGAUCGGUCUGUGA